UGCUAAAAAUUUGUAAAUCCUAAAACCCUGAACCCUUGAAAACACUCCCUUCCCCCUUCUCCCUUUUCCCUUCUCCCUUCCCCCUCUGUCUUCCUUCUCAAAUUUGAACAUUACGAUGCUAUAAUCUCCACUCUAUAAUCAAAGUUACAGUCUUUAAUCUAAAUUAAUCGAGAACAAUGGUGUUCAGACGACUUCACUUGAGUUUAAUGGCCACUUCUUCUAAUCCUGCUACCUCCAUUUUUGGGUAUUGCAGCCCGUAUUUCUUGGCCAAGACACGAUAUAGUACAUUACAGAGUUAUGCAGCCACCUAUUUUCCAUGCACACCUGUCAGUAGUUGUGGUAUAUAUACGAAAGGAUCAGUGAUACAGUUUAAAAAAGUUAGAGGAACCUGUAAGAUGAUAGAUCAGCAGCCAAAAUCUAUCAAAUGUAAUAGUUUCAGAGAACUUGUUUAUGAAUCAAGGAAGGGAGGUAGCAUUUGUUCUCUUUCAAUAAUUGGGGUUGCAAAUCAUCCUUUGCGUUCUACUUCAAGUCUCAGUAUUUCAAAUAAAAUCGUUAGACCUACAUAUGUUGGCCAUGUGGCUUUAGCUAAGAAGAUGCUCUCCACAAAGGCAAUGCCAGAGUCAGGUCUUAGUGGUACAAGCACUAGUGAGUCCGUGUUUGUAAAAGAUGGAAAAACUGGUGCGAAUUUACCGGAACCUAUUUUUUCCAAUAAACACCAAAGGCGAGUAAAGGCAUUCACCACUCAAGGGAGUACUGAAGGUAAUCCAAAGAAUACUUUUCCUAGUCAGGUGGCUAGGAAGAAUAUUCCUGUCCAUCGAGUAUCUGCCUGUAUAAAUGUGAAUUCUGUAAAUUCUAUUGAAGUGCUGGGAAUAAAUGGGCAAAACGAAGCAAGCUCAGAACAGUCUCUCUCCUCUCCAAGUCCGGCUGACAGUAAAGCAGAGUCAAAGAGUGAAAAAAACCCAAAGCCGAGACCUCGAAACAAGAAGAGAAAAAAAGAGCCAUCUGAUACACUGUCCCCACUUGACGCUGUUCCCUCAAAAGGAUCUAAAAGUGUUAAAAAGACAAAUGGCCUGUCACCACAGACUGCCGAGGAUAGCUCAACUGUUUAUAUACCUAAGGAAGAGGCUGACCUUGCCGGAUCAACUCAAGCUGUGCCUAAGAAAAAAGCCUGGAAGUCUACGAAGAACGGGAGAUCUCUGAAAGAAGAUAACUCAGUGAAGAAAACAAACGGUGCUUUACAAGAACCUGAGAAGGUGGCAGAGGAGGUACCUUUUACCCCCAAAGCACCUCAAAAACAAAAACCACCAACUAUUAACGGUAUCAAGUCAAUCAAGUUAAAUCCAUUGUAUCCUCCUACAGGAAAAUCUGUUUUGGUGGUGGAAUCCCUCACCAAGGCAAAGGUUAUUCAGAAUUACCUUGGCAACAUGUAUGAAGUUAUACCGAGUUAUGGCCAUGUAAGAGACUUGGCUGCUAGGUCAGGGUCUGUGCGUCCUGACGAUGACUUCAGUAUGGUAUGGGAGGUUCCAUCCUCAGCCUGGACUCAUCUCAAGAGUAUGAAGGUUGCAAUUAGUGGAGCAGAUAAUCUUAUUCUUGCAUCAGAUCCUGAUCAAGAAGGAGAGGCUAUUGCUUGGCAUAUCAUCGAGUUGUUGCGGCAACAGAAUGGUUUGCGUGAUAAUAUGACUAUUGCCAGGGUUGUCUUUCAAGAAGUAACAGAAUCAGCAAUAAAAAAUGCUCUGCAGACUCCAAGAGAUAUUGACGUUAACAUGGUACAUGCUUAUCUUGCUCGCCGUGCACUUGAUUAUUUGAAUGGAUUCAACAUUUCCCCUCUCUUAUGGAGAAAGCUUCCUAGUUGUCAGUCUGCUGGACGAGUACAAUCAGCUGCACUUUCUCUUAUAUGCGACAGAGAAAUAGAAAUUGAGGAAUUCAAACCACAAGAGUAUUGGAGUGUGGAACCCACAUUUAGUGCUUCAAAUGCGGAAACAUCAACAAGCAAGUCUUCUCUUCGGUCAUAUUUGACUCAUUUUGAUUCUAAAAAGUUGAAUCAGUUUUCAAUUGGCUCAGAGACCGAAGCGAAGAUUAUUGAGCAGCUGGUGAGUUCGUCUGAUUUCAGGGUGACUGCUGUUAAGAGAACUAAACUAAACAAAAAGCCUCCCACUCCUUAUAUAACAUCGACCCUUCAGCAAGAUGCUGCAAAUAAGUUAAGUUUCUCUCCCUCUUAUACAAUGAAGCUGGCUCAGAAAUUGUAUGAGGGGAUUCAGUUUGCUGAUGGCAAGGCGGCUGGAUUGAUAACAUACAUGAGGACGGGUGGUUUACAUAUAUCUAAUGAAGCUGUAAAAGAAAUAUGUUCAUUGGUUGGAGAACGUUAUGGUUCGGAGUUCGCUGCAAGUAGUCCACGCAAAUUUUUUAAAAAGGUGAAGAAUGCUCAAGAAGCACAUGAAGCCAUUAGACCCACAGAUGUAAGAAGAUUACCAUCAAUGCUUGUAAGAGUUCUUGAUGAAGAUUCCUUAAAGUUGUACACUUUAAUUUGGGCUCGUACAAUGGCCUGUCAGAUGGAACCUGAAAGAGUUGAUCAGAUACAGCUUGAUAUUGGUAACAAUGGUGGUUCUCUUUCUUUUCGAGCUGCUUGCACUGCAGUUGAUUUCCCUGGGUUCAGGUCCAUUUAUGAAGAUGUGGAGACUCGGGCUAUUAGAGAUAAUGACAUUGAACCCUCUGAUCGUGCUGAAAUUUUUAAGAUCCUUAGUAAUCUUAAACAAGGAGACCCUUUGUGUCUUGGAAAUUUGGAAACAAGAAAACUCCAUACUCAGCCUCCACCUCGCUACUCUGAGGCAUCAUUGGUGAAAAAGAUGGAGGAGCUUGGAAUUGGAAGACCUUCAACAUAUGCAAUCAUACUUAAAGUUUUACAAGACAGGAAAUAUGUUACAGCGAAAAGGCAAGCGCUGAACCCUGAAUUCCGUGGCCGUAUGGUCUCAGCAUUUCUCUCUCACUAUUUUAACGAGGUGACAGACUAUAGUUUUACUGCUGACAUGGAAACUGAGCUUGACAAUAUUUCUGCUGGAUUGACUGACUGGAAAGGUCUCCUAAGAGAUUACUGGGGUAGGUUCAGUACUUAUUGCCAGAGUGCUGGCAAAGUUCAGAUUCAUCAAGUUGAGAAAAUGAUUGAGAGAACUUAUGAAAACUUCCUUUUCUCCUCGCUUCCUGAAGAGAGCCGAGCAUGCCCCAGUUGUAUGGAGGGUUCUCUAGUCUUCAAAGUGAGCAGAUAUGGUGCAGGGUAUUUUAUAGGUUGUGAUCAACAACCCGAAUGCAAGUUUAUUGCUAAGACAUUGUAUGGGGAAGAGGAUGAAGACGAAGCUCCUCAGGAAAACCUGGUAGUUGAUGAUCCAAAGUUGCUGGGUAUUCAUCCUGUUUCUGGUGCGAAGGUCCUUUUGAAGGCUGGCCCUUAUGGGUCUUACGUGCAGCUUGGUGAAGAUAGAAAAGGAUAUUUACCGAAACGAGCAUGUGUAACUAAGAUCAAGGAUGUGAACUCAAUCACGCUGGAAGAUGCUAUUGAUUUGCUUCGCUACCCUAUCACACUGGGAAAUCACGAAGAUGGCUCACCAAUACAAUUAAGGUACUCACACACAGGAUUUUGCAUUAAGCAUCGACGCAACUUUGCUCCUGUGCCAAAGACCUUGGCUCCAGGUGAUAUAGAUAUGAAGAAAGCCCUGGAGUUGCUGUCAGGUGUAGGUGUUAGAAGAAAUGGUCGGCCAAAGGGUGUAAAGCGUGUGGAAGAAUCUGAUGAUGACUGUUAGGAUGUUAUACACACUUCUUUGAAGCUAAUUGCUUCUUGAAUAAGUAAGUAUUCAAUUUUCAGGCAACAUCACCAGAGAAUUUGCGCGUUGAGCUGGUAAUACCAUGUACAGUUGAAGCCGCAACAUGAUGCUCCAUAGUUAUGUGCUGGUGAUGAGCUACCUUGAGAAAUUUAGUGGUUGAUGGUUCCUAUUCUUUUGAUCACCAUAAGCAGCAACAUUAUUUUUUUGUUUCAUAAAGAAGUCAAGUGAGUAGUAUUUUUGAUCUCCACAUAAAGAAGUAGUUUUACAAUAGAGAAAUUAUAAAGGUCUUUGGCCUAUUAUUUUAGGACUAUUGAAAAAAAGUAACAGAAACAAUUUUAUAGUUUCUGGCCUGUAAUUUUAUUAUAAUUGCUCUUUCGUAAAAAGAAAGUUACUACUCUGUAUAAUUUAUUUGCUCAAAUAACCCAUUAUCAAUUUAGCACCAUACUUUUCUUUGUUUAA